ACAAGCCUUCUUUGAGAGGUGCAUCCAUGGAUUAUGAAAAGAAAAACUUUCUCUGUUUCACAGAUGAAACUGAUGCUGAACUGUAGGUUUUUUAGAGAAGCUGCAGAGAUUUAAUUGACAAAUACCAAUUUAGGUGCAGUAUCACACCUGAAGAUAACGCCGAUUAUCUCUUUGAGUAAACUGGAAACAACAGACUCUCCAUAGACAAGUCACUAAAAGAACCCAGAAAAUCUCCAGAGCUCAUUUUUUGGAUGGAUAAUUUGAGCAUCAGGAGAAACAAUACAGACUGAGAACUUGUAGAACAAAAACACUGUGGGAAAAAGAUUCCUAGUCCAAGUUUGAAAUUUUCAGAAAAAGUAAAUUCAUAUAGACUGCAGGCCUGAGCAUCAUCUUUUUUUCUUUUUCAACUAAAGCCACAAUGCUAAACAGAGCAACAGCUUUGAUGGGGAUGGCGUUCAUCCUGCACGUUCUGAUGAUUCUAGGGAUGCAAGUGGAAGCAGCAGCUGAUGAAAGAGGCUUUGUGAAACAACCACGUUCCCUUCGUAGUCUUUUUCAUGUCUCAGCUGUUCCACAGAAGACCUUAGCAUUCAAUUCAAACCAAUACCUGAAGCACUGGCUCCUCAAAAGCACAGCAGCUCAACAUGAUGGUACAGCACAAACCACUGACCGAACUGCCACAAGAACUAUUGCAGACACCAAGUCCAAGCAACCAGUGGUCAACAGCAACACAGCUGGUCCUGGUACACAAGCCAAGCUGCAGAAGAUGAUCUCAGCCCUGGAGGAACUUCACCGGGCAUUUAACAGAACCCGGAGCUCACAGCUUACCAUCAUGCCACGAGUAAGCAGCAGAAAUGCCGGGGGGAAAGAGAAAGUGCUCACUGCUGCUGAAGGAGCGGUGAAUCCCACCACUGCGUGCCCAGUGUUACUUGACAGCACUGCAUCCAAAGCCAGUGCAGACGUCAUCCCAAGCCUGACUGGUCGAAACUUUAGGAAGUCCUUCCCACCACAGACCAAGAAGACCAACAAAAGAGUGUGUUUCUGGAAGUAUUGCUCUCAGAAAUGACAGCUUUCCAGCCGCGGCUCACUUUUGUGUCUCAUCUUCUUCCUUUCGCUCAUCUCCCCUUCCAUCUACCCAAGCAUGCGUCUCCAUUUUUUAUUCAGCCUCCAUCCUCUUCUGUAUCUCCUGCCUGACUUUUGAGUGCUAAGAAACUGUGGCUAUGACAACAGAAAGAUCUUCGUGCCGAACCAGGCCGGCGCCAGCCUUGGACCUUUUCAUUCAUGCAUCAACUAACAAGACAGACCAGUCAAAACAAACCUUGUGCACCCUUGGUCAAGACACACAUACUUGUUAACCCUUACGCUCCUUUAUAAGACAGACACGCGUCAGUUUUUCAA